GCUGAAGUCUCGCGCAAGGGGGCCGCUUCCGGCGUCGUGUCCGCCGGCGCGCGGAGGGACGCUGACUUGCCGACUGUGCAGCCUCAGCCAUGUUUCUGACCACCUUCCUCCGCCGCAACCGCAUUCCUGGCAGGCAGUGGAUCGGGAAGCACCGGCGGCCGCGCACCGUGUCCUUCCACGCGAAGCAGAACAUGAUCCGACGCCUGGAGAUAGAGGCGGAGAACCAUUACUGGCUGAGCGCGCCCUACCUCACCGCUGAACAGGAGUACGGCCACGCGGCGGUCCGCAGGGCGGCGGCCUUCGAGGCCAUCAAGGCGCUCAGCAGGUCCAAGUUUCCCCAGCACAGACUCGUUGCAGACCAGCUCGACCAUCUCAACGUCACCAAGAAGUGGUCCUAACCCUGAGCCACCGCUUUGCGAUUCUGUAGUUCUCCGCCCUCUUUUUCCCUGAUGCUGGAACUGAACUGCGGUAACCACCAGAGAAAUAAGAGCCCCUGGACCAGAGCCACAUCCAUGGACGUAGUGGUCGGCAUACGGAGCAUCUGGGGCUCCAGGCUCUGAUGCUUCUAGGUCUGAUCUCUGUCGUGUAGUGGUUCUUUUUCCUUUACCCUGAUAGGACACCAGCGACUUCCUGAGUCUCCUAGUAGAAAAAUGUAUUUUGGCUGAAAGCGUCAAUAAAACUACAAAUAGUG